AACGGGUGAAUGACAUGUUGAGGGGUCUUAAAGAUAUAUAAGUACAGUACCAUUUGUUGGACAUGAUUCUUAAGGCUUGAUCAUGAUUUGAAAAACAGAUUCUCAGUAAAGAACAGAAAACAAUUUUCGCCUAAACCAUUCGAACUACGACUGAAAGAACAUGCACAAUUUAAAACACGAGAUCUCCUGCUGCAUACUUUGAUUUUCGACUUUAUGCCAAUAUACCCACAGAAAAUCUUAAAGAGUAUUUCUGCUUUCAACCCGGUGCUGUGGAUCCUGUUGCAGAGAAAAAAGAAGGGGACGGUGCUCCCCAUGUUGUUGUGAUGCCGGCGCCCUCUAAGCGAGGCAGAAAGAAGAAGACCACGACGCUGUCCAGAGUCGGUUUGGGGGGAAACGAAACACUAAUACUGGCUCACCUGACAGCAGGCGGACAGGUGGCAUCUUUGCAGCAUCACACUGUCGACCCUUACGACCUGAAACACGAAGAGGAGGAACACGGGCUGAAAGACAGCACCAAGACUUACAGGUGCCGGAUGUGUGCGGCGACCUUCCUCAGUAAGUCUGACAUGCAGAUCCACUCCAAGUCGCACACAGAGGCCAAACCUCACAAGUGUCCUCACUGCGCCAAGUCAUUCGCCAACUCCAGCUACCUGGCCCAGCACAUCCGCAUCCACAGCGGGGCCAAGCCUUACACCUGCUCCUACUGCCAGAAAUCUUUCAGGCAGCUCAGUCACUUACAGCAGCACACACGGAACCACACAGAGUCAAAGCCUCACAAGUGUCCACAUUGCACCAAGUCAUUUGCCAACUCCAGCUACCUGGCCCAACAUGUCCGCAUCCACACCGGAGUGAAACCCUACUCCUGCCCCUUCUGCCAAAAGAGCUUCAGACAGCUCAGCCAUCUUCAGCAGCACAACAGGAUUCACACCGGAGAUCGGCCGUACAAGUGUAUCCAUCCAGGCUGUGAGAAAUCCUUCACGCAACUCUCAAAUCUACAGUCUCACCGGCGCCAACACAACAAGGACAAGCCGUACAAGUGCAGCAACUGCAACAAAGGAUACGUAGACGCAGCGAGCCUGGAGGUGCACAUGUCCACACACACCGUGAAGCACGCCAGGAUCUACUCCUGUGGGCUCUGCAACCGCACUUAUACCUCCGAGACCUAUCUGGUGAAACACAUGGAGAAACACAACCCCGACCAGCUGAACGCAGAACAGGCCAGACAACAGAACCAGAACCAAAGCCAGGUGUCCGCUCAGAGCCGAGACGACGGAGCAGACGGAGGAUCGAACCGAGCAGACGGAGGACAGCAGGGACAGAGCAGCUACCAGACAGACGCCAUGUCCUGUCCCUUUGACUUGCACCAGUAUAAGACUGUGUCCGCCAGUGACAUCCAGUACAAACCAGUCACCGUAGCGGACCUCACUUCCCACAAAGACCUCUGCCUCACUGUGUCGGCAUCCACCAUCCGAGUGGAGCACCUCAACUCUUAGAGGAGAGAGGUGAAGAUGGGGGAUAAAAGCAAUACUAAGACGAACUUUGGAACAAGACUGUGCCUGAACUUUUGUUUGAGACAGACGGGACAAACCAUAUGGGUGAAAAGUAUACUGAAGACUAAUUUAGUUUUAUUUUUGUAUUAGUUUGUCUCUCUUGUUUUUCUCUCUGCCCUGUUUGGUCUGUUGUUUCUGUUGUUUAUCUGUCUUACUGGAAGCUGCAUGUAAAGGCUGCAAUAAAGUAUGUUUCAGUUCAUCACAGUGAUGGCUUUAUGAUAGGAUGUGAUUCUACUCAUCCUUGUUUUACCACCUCCUGCGCUUCCACACACAUACAGUUCUGGCCAUAGCAAUUUAUGGUGUCUGUAGAUGAAGCUGAUAGUUGACUGAGAAGGUAAUUUUUUAUACUUUCAUACAGGGACUGACAGUUUUUACAUCACUCUACUGUGUUUUACUUGUUUUACCUGAAAAGGGACUAGAGGUUAUUUCUUUUUCAGGAAAGAGAAAAUAUCAAUCAAGUAUAUAUAGAUAUAUAUACUACCAGUUUAUAAAGUAUGAUUGUGUGUUUAAAGGAUGUGGUAAUCCAUAUAACCUAUUUACUCCCAUUCGUAGGCCGUCACAUAACCUUUGAGGAAGUGAUGAGCCGUUUCAUGUAAUCCUAUUGUACUUAUUUGUGUGUGUGUCCUAAAAUUAUUGUUAUCUAAAUAUGUUCUUGCUGUUACACUUCCAUGAUAACAAUGUUUAUAAUACUUCCUUUUAGAUAUACUGACACAUCUGGAUUUUGUCUCUUUUUUUCAGGCUUAAAAAUUCAAUAAACCCUCUGA